CAGAGAGGAACUACCUACAACACUACAAACCCACACAUCCACCUACAGCUGUAUAUAAACAAGAGCAAAGACCAGAAACGGCAGACAAAUGCUGAGGAUCAUACACGGACGAUUCAGUUAGAUAGUGAUGAUAAGAAGAUAAAGAUCAAAAACGAAAGAAAGAAUCAAACAUGCAUCUACAGGAGAAAGCACCGUUUUUGUUUAUUCUGGGUUUAGCACUUGCUUUUGAAGGUGGACAAUGUUGGGAACAUGAAGUGGUUGGGACAUACGGUUCUGUAGUCGUGCUGCCAUGUAGGGAUGAAACUUCUUUGCUUUCACACCCUACUACAGUCUACUGGAGCAAGAUGAUAAACAAUGUACCAAAGUCUAUUUGGAGGAGAGAAAAAAACGGCAUAGUGUUUCGACCGGUAAAAAACCCGCCGCACAUCCAUUGCCCCAAUCCGAACUUUGGAAAGGCAGAUUACAGCCUUCAGAUCCUCGGAAUGACAGAUGAAGACGUAGGACUUUACACAUGCGAAGUACAAGGACAGAUUCGUAUGAGGAAGGUCAUCAUGCUCAGAAUUAUUAAAGUGAUCUUUACUCCUGCACUUGUUGUGGAGGGCUCAAGGACGGAGAUAACAUGCAAAAUCAAUCCUCAGCCAGAAUUUCAAAUUCGCUUUAGACUAAAUGGCAGUGUCACAUAUAGAAAAGUUCUUUAUGAAGCUACUCAAAGAGAUUCUGGAAACUGGACCUGCCAGGUUUCAUACAAUGAUGUCGUUGGAAAGGCAACAAAAUACUUAGAGGUCAAAGGAAUCUCCACUCCUCCAGAUGACUCUUUAGUGUUGUAUGCCGCAGUGGGUUCUUCAGUCGCUUUGCCUUGCUUAUUCUCCGAGGGUCUGGAUGAAACCAAUGUGAGCUGGGAGAGAAGUUCCACAACAGAGAAUUAUCCCCUCCCUUCAUCUUUCAAACAGUCUCCUACUGGGUCCCCAGUGCUUUUCGGUUCUCAGGACAGAUCAGCUUGGAUAGAGACAGUGCAGGAUGGAGAUGAAGGAAAAUAUACAUGCUCAGGAAUUAUAAAGAGAUCGAAUGGGACACCGUACAGAGUACAAAGGAGGAUGCAGCUGGUUGUUGCUCGAGUUUUGCGCUCUUCAUCAUCCAGCAAAACCGGACAGAUGUCCCUCACCUGCCAUCUCAGCGACCCCAGCCAGGUCACUUCAUACGAAUGGCUUCAUGUCACGUAUGGGAUAAACGAUACUCAAACAAUGACCCUGGUUACAAAGUCAAAGAUCCUCAGGAUUCAGAAAUUGACAGAGCAGGAAAUCGGUGAAUGGGUGUGCCGCUACUACGGAAAGGACGGUUUUCUGGGAAACGUAACUUACCAAAUUCACAUGACGGGUGCUCAAACAGGUGAAAGUAAAUCCACUUCUGGAAGAAAAGUUGGUAUGGUGAUGGGAUUAGGAUUUUUGUUCUUGGUGAUAUUCCUGAUUUUGUUCCAGAUGUACAGAAACUAUCGCAGAAAGAGGAAGAUCCUUCUUUACCCUGCUAUGGAAACUAUCGUCCAUGAAGCCGUCACUGAACGAGAGAGGAGAGAGCGAUACGAGGCAAGAGUAAAGGAAUCUUGCAGCGGAGAUCCGAAAUCAGUGCGUGUGUGAAUGAAUGUGUUUUCAUCAUGUUGUCCCUGUGACAGCGAGAAAUCUUUGUGCGUUACUCUAUAAGCGAUUAUUAAUGUAUGCGGGUGCAUGUGUUUUUAAUGCAAACAAUUGUAGCAGUCCAGUUAAACUGUAAAUAUUUUACUUGAACUAUUACAUGUAAAACUUUUGUAUAUAGACUGUAAAAAUUAUUUGUUGGUUCAACUUACAAAAGUAAGUAACCUGGUUACAUUUUGAGGUAAUUCAACUUAAAUAUAUUAGGUAACUCAGAAGUUGUGUAAAAAUUGUUAAGUUAAAUUAACUCAAAAUUUUAAGGCAAGCAGGUUACUCCUUUUUAACUGUGUGUAUAUAUAUAAUUAAAUAAAUAUAAGUAAAUGU